UGCAUAAAAGUUUUGUGAAGUAUGCUAGCAGACAGUCUGCAGCUCAAGCAGAAUUUCCCUCAGGAAAGUGAACCAGUAUGUCCCGUCACAAGGAUUUGCUCAUCAAAAAGAGAAAGAGCUUAAAAAAACCCCACUGUAGCUUUAUAGAACACUUGUAUUUUUUUCAUGAGUCCUCAGGGACAGGAAGCAUGCAGUGCAGAAGUCGAGGCGCCUGCCGGCUGCUUGUGUUUCCAGAAGCGACAGUUCAUAUCCUUCCUCCGGAUAGUGGCCACUGUUCGCUGACACCUCUCAGCCUCCAUCUCCUCCUCAUUGAAAUUUAUAUAAACUCCCUAAUUAACUUGAAUAUAGAACAAGACCCAUGGGAGAAAAUCAAUUAGAGCUUUGAUUUAAAAAAGUCCUCAACAAUUGCUUGGAUGAAUUCAAUCUCUGAUGAGAUGAUCUUCUCUGUUGUCUUUGAAUAUGCUGCAGUUUUGAUACACUUUUAAUUCUUUAACUUUCAUGAAAUAAAGAAAUGCCUUUUUGUGCAUUUUCAAUGAAAUUUCUAUCCAAUUCCAGAAAAUAUUUUAGUACAGAAAGUAGGCGUAGUCACCUUGAAUCAUUCAACGACAUAGAAAAUGUUUAAUCGAAUGCCUUAUCACUGUCUUAUUUGGCAAGAUAAAAGCAGGAAACUCCCUCAGAUUGGGAUGGUUCAUGUCUGCAAUUUGUUUAUUUUUCAGGCUUCAAAUGAAAUGAAAGACUGCUGGGUGGAUUUCAGGAUAAAAAGAUCGUAGAAGUCCUUGACAGAAAUUUGGUCCUCCAGGGAAAAGCAUACUUCCUGUUUUUUUUUUUUUUUUCUUCCUGAACCAGAAAAUCCUCAGGUGAACUCAGGCCAUCUUGCUGGAUGAGAAUGCAAAAUACCUUGUCCAGCCCACAGACUGUAUAUACUAUUGACAACUUGGUUCUGCUCUCUGCCAGACAAAAAAAAUUGGGUGAGCUACCCAAUCUUUUUAUGUCCAUAGGCUGUAUCAAGUGUCAAUCUUAUAAAACAUGAACUCCUUAAUAACUUUUAAAAAUGGAGUUGUACAGAAAAAAACGGCUUGAGCACAAACCGGUCUUAUAAUAAUAAAUAAAUAAUUUUAUAUUCUGUGUAAUAAAUUUCUAAAGUUUGUCCACAGCUCCAUAGAGAUUGCUGGAGGAGGCAGGAUUUAUGAGCAUUACUGCAGCCCGUCACCAGAGGGUGCUGUUCUCAGUGUGGCUUCACUCAGCAAGGAGGCAGACGAUGUCCAUUCUAUAUACAUUUUAUGGUCUGGCCACAGGACUGCGUUAAAAUGGAAGCGAAUAGUCUCCUGAGUGAAAAAUGGUCCUGUCAAUAUUGGAAAUAUUUUCCCUGCCUGAUUUACUUCCUACUGUACUGUUUUUCUUACUUUUGUAACAUUUUGCAAGGUGGUUUUGUAUAAAUUAAAAAAAAAAACAACUCUGGAAUUGAAACAGUUCCCUUUAAAUGCCACUAGGGGUCGUCAUCGUGCGACAGUAGCAUGUAGCCUGCUACAUGCUCUGUCUCUUUAAGACAGAUGAUCGCCGACCCAAAUAAAGUCAUCUGUUAGCCUGCUACUGCUCCAUGUUGUCUUUCCUCGCCAGACCUGUUGCUAGUCUCAGACGGCCUGUGGGCUUCUUCUAUACAGCUACAGUCGCAAUGGCAGACGCUCUUGCUAAAGUCCCCGAUGUUGAGAUUGAUCCGGAAGGAACCUUUAAGUACAUUCUGGUCAGGGUGAAAGUAAAAGACGGCGAUGCGCAUAAAGACAUAGUCCGGGGCACCAAAAGUGCAGAGUACCACAGUAAGUUGAACACAGUAGCAGUGCAAAAGGGUGAUUUGUGCAGCUUGAGUUCACACACUGUGUCAAUUCGUGCAGAAAAGUGGGCUGAUUUGAUCACACUAUACAAAUCAGCAUGUGCAGCGAGUAGGCUAUACCGUGGGUUUCUUUUUAGAUAUUAUGGAGGGGCGAGCUCUUUAAGGCACCUGACAAACAAAACCAUGUCUGUUAACUCUUGAAAAUGUUAGUCAUUAAAGUCUACUGCGCCUAAACCAGACUGACCACGUGAUGAAUUUGAAAUACUUCCAGAUCACAUAUUUGAGAAGGUCUGCCCAGCCAUGGAGGCCAUGGGGAUGGAGUGUAAGUGCCUUGGAGGAGGAAAAAUAGAGCACAACAAGCAGGACAAAAAACUAAGGGUGUUUGGUGAAUCAACAGUAAGUUCAUUUGAUUGUAAAGAUGAUAGAAGAUUAAUGGGAAACCUAGCUGUGUUUCACUAUGAUGACAUAAAUCACCUUUUCAUCCCUUUUCAGGGUUUUGGUAAAGCAGACCACUCUGUGUCUGUGGAGAAGCUGAAGAGUGCCUUCAGUGACUAUGAGAUCACCUGGUCAGAUGACAAGAAAUAGAGUAAACCAACAAACAUUCUGUUUUCAAUGUCUGCCUUUAUUUAUUAGUUGUCAGAAAAAUCAGUGAUGACUUUAUUCAUCUGUACAACCAAUAUUUGAUUCAAAUACAUCAUUCUGUAUUGAGAUGUUUUCUUUCUCAUAGUCUUUUCUGCUUUUACUGCAGGUUUUAUCAUUCUUUAAUUCACCUAUAAUGCGAAAGAUUUGGGGUUUGGACCCUGUAAUUCCCUUAAAAAAUAGACUGAGUGGUUUCUACCUUUCUGUUGUUGUUCGAGUUCAUCAGAAUUAAAGGCUAGGCGCCAAGCGUAAAGUCCGUACAGGAAAGGGUGAGUCAGUUGCAAAUCCUAUCAUAUCCUGUGACUCUGAGGGGGAAAGUGUCUUGUUUAGGGAAAAAAGCAGAUAAGCUGGGCUUUCACUUUUCAUCAUUAUUCAAUGCUUUGCUUUUUUCCAUCUAUGAAUCGGCCCAUGAGUGUAAACUUUUCAGAAAACGUCAGAGUUUUAAAGGUUAAACAAUGACAGGGUAAAAAAUAGCUAAGACAAGAAAAAAUAAAUAAAUUAGAUAUGGAUUAAACAUCCUGAGCUGAGUCACAUGCAUGUUCUUUCGGAAAAGGCCACAAACUAUUUAUACUUUUUUCGCCCUCUCGAACACAAAGCCUUCCAAGCUUUUCGGCACAAUGAACCUUUUCCUCUAUUGCUCUGAUAAUAACCACCUCAGAGUUACCAGUGACAAAUAAAUAUUUAAUGUUUUUCUUGGAGAGGUUUAUGCCCUACAUUUGUGCGUACUGAUUCAAAGCAACUUUUGGAUUCAUGUUGUGAUCACUAAUGACAGACAGUGAAUAAAUAAGCUAGUUUUGAUGGCUGCUUGUGCACUUCCACAUUGUAAUGCACAGCUGGUAAUCUGUUUUAUACGGUAAAAAAUAAUAAAUUCGUAGUGGUGCUGCUCGGAGAUAACUGAAAAAAGAUUAAUCUGGGAAAAAAACAGUUAGACUUUUAUUUGUGAAUUGAAACUAGCUGUCAAAAUUCAAACAUCUUAGCUUGCUGCCAAACCAUCUGAAAUGUUCUUUUAUUUCCUAAUUUAUAAAGAGAUUAGUAACUUGACUAUUCUCAGGACAAGCUGCUCAAACAGGACUUGAAAUGACAUGAAAUAAGUCUUUAUUGUGUUUAAGACCAUUCAAGAAAUGUACCUGAAUUUGACUUGUUGGAGUAAGGGUUAACCUGGACUUGUCAGUUCAGUGUGGUUUAUAUCAAGUACAAUGACCAGAAAACAAACAAGUACUCCUUGUAUGAUUUAAGUUUCGCAGUGUUGGAGUGUAGUGACUCUGAUGCUUUCAGCUACAGGGCUAAAUGCUACCAUACUGCAGGAACAGUCAGUUAUUGUUCACAUUUGAGUGUUAGUAUGCGUUUUAGGGUUAAACAGAAUGUGGAGCAGAGUCAGUAUUAGUUUAUCAGCUUUUUGGUCAAAUAACAAGGUCGUGGUUAGAAAUAGACCAUAGAGUGGCACUGGAGGGAUGUACGACGGACGGUUAGGGCCACAUUAAGAAAAAAUAACACUUUGAGAUUCAAGUCAUUAACUUUCGAGAAUAAAGUCGUUACUAAUGGGAAUAAGGUCAUACUAAAGUAAUUACUUACGAGAAUAUAGUCGUAAUAAAAUCAUUACGAGAAUAAAGUUGUAGUAAAGUAAUAACUUAUCAGAGUAAAGUCAGAAUAAAGUCUUUACAUUCUAACCUGUUGUUUAAGAUAACAGUUGUUGAAAUGAGAGCCAUGGAGCGUUUUGUGAAAAUGUACUUCAAUAAAGGUUUCUCAAACAAGGAGAUACUUAAAUCUUUUGGCACAUCAGCACCACAUUAUCAUAAGUAUAGUAGUAGUAAUAGUUGAUUAUGACUUUAUUCUCGUAAGUAAUAAAUUUUACUAUGACCUUAUUCUUGUGAGUUAUUACUUUUUUACGACUUAAUACUCGUACUAAAUGAUUUUAUAUGACUUUAUUCUCGUUAAUUAUGACUUAUUCUUGUAAAUUAAUUACUUUAACCUCCAAGUCUUGAUUUUCUUGAAGUCUUUUUUCUUUUUUUUCUGGCCCUAAUAUUCCUUCGUAGGGAUGUCAGGGAUCUGUUAAGGUUUUUUUUCUUAAAUGGGGGUACCAUUCAUAUGAGUACCAACAUGUUUUGCAAAACUAUCUAUGUGAAGAUAUUUUACAGGAUAUGCAAAGUCAGGGCAGCAUUUAAUCCAGUUUCCCUAAGCUAUCACCUCAAAUGUCCAACAUACUGUAAUUUACGGCACUAAGAAUCAAAUUGUAAGAAUAGACCUGCUCUUUAGAAAGGUGAGUUACGUAAUCUGAUUUGAGUCACAGUUGUGGAACAUUUUAGUCCAUUUCUUUAAAAUGUUUGAAGUAUCAGUUUCAUAUUACUAUCUUUGAUUCCCAAGAGCCUUCACUGCCCCCAAAAAAACUGUCUGCAUCCUCUUCCUCUGGAUUUUCCCACCCAAGGUUGACUCAGUCUUUGAAGGUAAAUGUUUAGUUCCUGUAUCCAAGAACAUUCCCACAUACAUUCCUUUUUACAUCUGUGACUCACCAUGUUAUCGGUAAGUUAUAGCACAGAAAAUAAAAAGGAAGUUCAACAGGUAACCUUGUAGACUACAUGACCAGAAUUAGCUACUGUUGACACAUUGACGAGCGCUCACCUUCACCUUCAUUAGCAGACUGGAACAAUGCAUUAUGCCAAACACCUUGUGACCUCAGAGAAAGAAAAACAAAGCGGCACGGGUCUUUUAGUUUCCAUCCCAAAUCCGGAGCGAGUUUCCUGUAGACUGAUAACCUUUCUAUUAUCUACUCACAGCAAGGUCAAUACUAAAGGGAGAAGUCUUUUACUGUGCAAGACUCAACCCUCUUCUUGGAAAUUUAAAUGGUAUUGUAAGAGCUUAAUGAAAUUUCAAGUAAAACGAACCUUCAAAGGAAACAGACUUAUCUCCAAAAGCAUGGUUUUGAGUCAAAAGAGAGAUUCCCCUUUGUGGCAUCUAACACUUAAUUUCCUGUAUUGUAGUUAAUAUUUAUGCAACUUUUAAUAGUGAAAAUUUAAAUCGAAAACAAAUAAUCAAUAUAUAUAUAUAUAUAUAUAUAUAUAUAUAUAUAUAUAUAUAUAUAUAUAUAUAUAUAUAUAUAUAAAGAAUGCCAACAACCUUAACAAGACUUGAUCUAUUAUCUUUUGCACAGUUUUUGCUUUAAACUGAACCCUGUGUGUUAACUAAACCUGGAAACAGGCUGAGAAACCAAAAGGGCAAUGCAUGUUUUAAAUAUUGUUAGUACAGCCAGAGGACACAGUUUUAAGUUGUAUGUACUGGAAGAUUUUUUCAACAUUUUAUCCACUGUCAUGUUUCAUCCUCUAGAAGGGAAGCUACUAUUGCAAUUUUUCAUGCAAUGGACUUGAAGCACUUUGUAGCUCUUACUGAUCUUGUUUCCUCUUGUCUAAAUCUUUGCUUGUGUUGUCCUUGUUCUCUUAUGUACGUCACUUUGGAUAAAAGCAUCUGCUAAAUGACAUUGUACCAUUUUAACAUAUCCAUUGAAAGAAAAAACUGGAAGGGCAUUUUACAAGGAUUAAAGAGCAUUCAGGAGGGCA